CUCAAUUUUCUCCAUGGUCACUUAUGGCAAGUUUAAGUUUUUUAUCAGAUGUGGUGGAACCUCGCAAAACUAUAACAAACUGUGAAAGUUUUAAUAUUGAACGCCCCUCACUCAUCGAUACGUUGUCACCAGCACCAUCGGAGACAUUUGAAACAGAAGAUAAUGUGCAUAACAUACAAGAACAGUUUCAAGUGGACAAUACGUGGGAUACUAAUACCAGACAGCCAGAACAAACAGAAUUCUGUUCACCGCAUAAUUUCAGAUCACUGUCUCAUUCUAAUAGCACCUUGUCUCGUCCAAACAGUGCCUUGUCUCGCCCUAACAGUGCCUCGCCUCGUUCUAAUUGUACCUUGCCUAGUCCUGUAAGAGCUCUAUCUCGUACUCCGAGCAUUUCACCUGGUCCCUCGAGUGCAUCAUAUCUUCGAGACAGUGCCACGCCUCCUCUGAGAGCUACAUCUCGUACAGUAGAUAACCAACCUCAACAAAAUCAGAUCCAACCUGCAAAACGAACAAAAAGACAAUUAUCUGAUACGCACAUAAAUGCGGUUGAUGAGGCAAUUUUAAACUUGGUACAAAAACGAAGUUCGAUUGACACUAUGAAUUCGGACGAUCUUUUCUAUUUGUCUAUAUCGCUGGAUUCACAGCAUCUAAAUGUAAAUGCGAAAUUACGUUUGAAAACACUUGUAUUACAAGCGCUUUCUCAAGUUGUAACAGAAGAACAAAAUAAAAUUUGA